AUGAAACCACUGGUACUUGCUUUUCUGGUAGUAGUAAUUCAAGAUGGACUCUGCGUAUGCCGCUUUGAACAAAAUGCAUACAUAUUAUCAUGGAUUCUGGAUAAUGAAAAUAAUAUUUAUUUUCAAUUAAACUAUACGAAAUAUCCAUUAAGAACGAAUGCUUGGACAGGUGUUGCAUUCGGAGAAACAAUGCUUAGUGGUCUCGACGCUAUUAUUGUUCGAAUAAUUGGUGAUCGGAUAACGGUGAAAGACGAGAGUGUACGUGGUUAUGGACCAACUGUUGUUGAUCAAAAGCAAAACAUACGGCUAAAUAGGGUCUUAUUUUCAAAUGCUGUUUUAUCAGUUGACUUUAGUCGACCACUUAAAACUGAUGAUGCCUGGUCUGAUCAUCCUUUGGAUGGAUGUCAUCCUUGGCAAUUCUUUCCAUUUUUGUCAGCAUUGCAUGAUGAUGGUACAACAGGGAAGCAUAUACGGGCACCUCAUUCUAGAAUUAUUUGUAUCAGUCGAUGUCGAUCCUGA